GUUGAAGGUCCGAUCGGUUUGAGAUCUUGGGAUCUGGACAAGAAUCUUGCUUUGGACUGUUGGAAGAUUUGCACUUGUUUUUCUCGGGAUUUUGCUUUCUUUGUGUUGGUUGUCUUUGGUUUUUGUGGUUACAUACGCUAGAAAACUAACACUAACACCCUCUCAGCUACCCCAAGAUCAACCUCACCUGUCCUUCCAGUCCUAGCAAUCCUGUUCCCUAUACUAGCCCCCACUGCUCUACAUCAAGUCACAAGACGUGAAGGAACGACUUUACGAGGAACGACAAUUCAACUGGACGUUCUGGGCCCAACGAGGCUAUACGUCCUACACCACAAGUAACCACAAGUAAGUAAGUUGUGGUGUGGGUGUGUGCCGUGUUUUUGACACAGGUUAUAUUGUUUUCUUCUAUGUUUAUCGCUCGGCAGUGUCCAAAAUUAUUCAAUCUAUCAUGUUAACACCGCAAGAAUAUUGAUCACGGCUUUGGCCUUUUGGAUAAGAAGAUCCAGAUGGUACGAGUCAGCGGGGUGUGCUGGUCCACAGCACGCCGAGUCGUUGUCACCGGUCUGGGGCUUGUCACACCACUCGGCUGCGGCUCGCAACAUGUCUGGGACAGGCUGUGUCGCGGUGAUGUCGGCAUUGUGCGGCUUGCCGGCCCCGAGUUCGCGGGUCUGCCCAGUCGGGUGGCCGGCCUGGUGCCCGAGGGCUCGGCGGCCGGCCAGCUGAACCUCGCCGACCAUUUCGCCGCCUCGGAGCGCCGCUCGCUCAGUCGCGCCACCUGUCUGGCGGUGGUGGCAGCGGAGGAGGCCGCUCGCAGCGCCGGCUGGCGGCCGCGCACCGAAACCGAACAGGAGCGGACGGCUGUGUGCAUCGGUAUGGCCUCCCCGGACCUGGAGGACAUCGCCGCCUCGGCGCGCCGGCUGCAGGAGCGCGGUGCGCGCGGCGUGUCGCCCCAUUUCGCGGCCCGAAUUCUGCACAACAUGCCGGCCGGGCUGGUGGCCAUCCGUCUGCGGUGCCGCGGCCCCAACCACGCCGCCUCCACCGCCUGCGCCACCGGCGCGCACGCCAUCGGUGACGCGCUGCGCCUACUGCGUGCCGGCGCCGCCGACGCGGCCUUCUGCGGCGCCGCUGACGCCGGCGUCUCGCCGCUCGCCGUGGCCGGCUUCUCGCAGAUGCGCGCGCUGAGCGUGCGCUCCAACGCUGCGCCGGCAGAGGCGUCGCGGCCGUUUGACGCGGCGCGCGACGGCUUUGUGAUGGCGGAGGGCGCCGGUGUGCUGCUGCUGGAGACGCUGGAGCACGCGCGCCGCCGCGGCGGCCGGCCCAUCGCCGAGCUGCUCGGCUGUGGCCUCUCCGGCGACGCGCGACACGUGACGGCGCCCUGCGAGGACGGCGACGGAGCGCGCCGCGCCAUGGCCGCCGCCAUGCGUGACGCUGGCGUCUCGCCGGGGGACGUGACGCACGUGAACGCGCACGCCACCGGCACGCCGCUGGGCGACCGCGCCGAGCUGGGCGCCGUGGCCGCGCUGCUGGCCGGCUCGCAGCCGCUGGUCACCUCGUGCAAAGGCUCGCUGGGCCACCUGCUGGCGGCGGCCGGCGCCGUGGAGGCCGCUGCCACGGCGCUCUCGUGCCGCCACGGCCUGGUGCCGCCAACAGCCAACCUCGCCCACCCGGAGCCGGUGGACGGAGUGCGGCUGGUGGUGCCGCCACGCGCGGCUCACUGGCGAACCGCCGGCCGCCGGGUGGCGCUCAAAAACUCAUUCGGAUUCGGUGGGACCAACACUAGCCUCUGCUUUGCCGAGUUUGUCGAGUGACUCGGCGUUGUUUGGGACAGCAACUGUGCUUUCCAAUCUGUCCUGACCUCCCUCUAAUAGUGGUUAGCUGGGCAGGAUAUGGCGUGCAUUGUGUAAUGAUAAGGUCAUGCUGUGACGCUGGUCGGUGCCCGGUGAAUUGCGCAAUGUGCAACGCCCACAAGCUGCCUUUGUGAAAACAGCGAGUGUGGCCGUUACGUAAUAUUAUAUUGUGUUUGACCGCAUGCGUAGAUUGGUUAACCACUUGUCAGUGAUAUUCUGAUCAAUUGUCCUGUUGGAAUAUUCGUUAGGUAUGCUGUAGAAGAUCCGCCGGCCCGAGCUUUAUCAAACAAUUUUGAUACUAAGAACGCAUCAAUGCUAAUACUGGCUGAAUGAUGAGAAUACCUGCAAUGCCAGUUAAUGUGAUAUAAAGGAGGAAAUGAUUUCACAAAAUAGACUCUUGAAAAGCA